CGUCCAAUUGACCUACCCACCAUGUUUGCCUCGGUCGUCCGGUCCCAGACCCGCGCCCUUGCCAAGCGCUCGUCCUUUGUCCGCACCCUCGCCACGCGCUCGGCCCGCUCCAACGUCGCGCUUAAGUUUGAUGGCCGCAAGGCGGUCGUGCGCCUCUCGGGCAUGGCGAUGCUUGGCAUGGCCAUGUCGCUCUCCCACAACGCUGUGCUCUGCCAAGCUGCCGACGGCAAGGAGGGCGAUGCCAAGGGCAGCGUGAGCAAGGACGACGACCCCGUCAGCCGCCUCAUUGAUCAGUUUGGCGCCAAAAUCGGCGAGGUUUCGUUUGGUGGCUUCCUCGGCUUUUGCUCGGGCGCGGCCGUGAAGCAAAUCGGCAAGGCCACCGCCGUCAGCAUUGGCAUCAUCUUUGUCAUGGCUCAGGUUGCGGCCCACAAGGGGUACAUCAACAUCAACUGGGGCAAGGUUGAGAAGGACGCGAUCGCCGCCGUCGAUCCUGAUGGGGAUGGCAAGAUCACGCAGAAGGACUUCAAGAUUUGGUGGAAGCGCUUCCUCGAGUUUGCGCAGUACAACUUUCCGUCGUCGAGCGGCUUUGCCGCUGGCUUUGCCGCCGGCGUGUACAUGUAAACCGCUCGGUAUCUGUUAAAAGUACCAACGCGGUCGUUUACCAGCCUCACAUCAGUUGCUUCAUCGCGUCUACAUAUUAGCUAUCUGCACCCGGCUUCCUGAAAUGUGAC